UCUUCUUCUAUCGUCUUCCGAUUUCAACUCUUAUUUUGCUUCAUUUCACCUUCUGAUCUGCAAGAUCCUCAUCCUCAAUCGCAAUCGCAGUCAUCGAUCACCUGCUGCACGGUGUAAUUCGCCGUUUGACCGCAAUUUUGACUCAAUUUUGACUCGAUUUUAGUCAUUGUGACUGAAUUAGGGUUUUUGUUCCGAUAUGGAGCAACCAGCAGCACUCGUUGGUUCGGAGAUCCAUGGAUUCAAAACGAUGGAAGAUCUGGAUAUGCGUAACAUGAUGGAGGAAGCAAAAACAAGAUGGCUUAGGCCAAACGAGAUUCAUGCAGUACUUUGUAACCAUAAGUAUUUCAACAUCUGUGUGAAGCCUGUUAAUCUGCCAUCAAGUGGCACAAUUGUCCUUUUUGACCGGAAGAUGCUCAGAAACUUCCGAAAGGAUGGCCACAACUGGAAAAAGAAAAAAGAUGGAAAAACUGUAAAAGAAGCUCAUGAACACUUGAAGGUUGGUAACAAUGAAAGGAUUCAUGUAUAUUAUGCACAUGGUGAAGACCGGAUAACCUUUGUUCGUCGAUGUUACUGGCUUCUUGACAAGAAAUUGGAACAUAUUGUACUUGUUCAUUAUCGUGACACUCAAGAGGCACAAGGUUCUCCCAGGAUGGUUGUUGAUUCCAACUCAAGUUCGGACCCACAUACAUCGUCUAAUCUGUCUGAAGAAUUUGACGGGGUUGAUCAGGUGUACUUUACUGAGCCUAAUGAGACGGUAAUAAACCAUGAGAUGAAAAUUCAUGAAAUCAACACACUUGAAUGGGAUGAGCUUGGGAUUCCAAAUGAUUCCAACAAGUUGAUUAUAUCUGGAGAAAAUGUUGUACAUUUUGAUCAACCUGACCAAUAUGGGUUAAAUGGAUCCGUAGAUAAUAGCAACUCUUCCUUGGGGAACAAGUUAACUACGGAAUAUUUUUCACCGACCCUUCAUCAUGAAACAGUCCGAGAAGGUAAUCAUAUUGCAAGCGUCGGACUUGGUGCGUUAGACGUGAUGCGAAAAGAUGGAUUGCCAGCUCAGGAAAGUUUUGGAAGAUGGAUGAAUUACAUUAUAGCCGAUUCUCCUGGAUCGAUUGAUGACCCGUUUUUGACUCCCGAACAGUUGUUUCUUGGUCAAUCGUCAGUCGGAACAGUAAAUGGCAAUCACCAUGAAUCACAAAUUUUCAACAUAACUGAAGUCUCGCCUUCGUGGGCUCUAUCAACUGAAGAAACAAAGAUCAUAGUGGUCGGUGUUUUCAAAGAAGAACGUACACACCUAACAAACUCAAACCUAUUUUGCGUUUGCGGCGAUGUUUGCGUACCAGCAGAAAUUAUCCAAACAGGCGUGUUUCGGUGUAUGAUCACUCCACAAACCCCAGGAAUCGUAAAUCUUUUUCUCAGUUUAGAUGGCCACAAACCGAUCAGUCAACAAAUGGUGUUCGAAUUCCGGGCCCCACCUACAACUACGUCAAUUCCCGUUUUAGACGAAAAGCCCGACUGGCAAGAACUUCAAAAUAAAAUGAGACUAGCUCAUUUGCUUUUCUCUACUUCUAAAACCCUUAACAUUUUAUCUAGUAAAAUAUCGCAAAAAACCCAAAAGGAAGCAAUAACAUUUGCGCAAAAAACACGCCAUAUUGUCGAUAGUUGGGAUUAUUUAGUAAAUUCGAUUAAGGAAAAAGGAAUACCGUUUCAACGAGCUAAAAAUAGUUUAUUUGAGCUCACUUUGCAAAAUAGAUUGCUGGAAUGGCUGUUGGAAAGAGUGUUGGAGGGUUCUAAGAUUGUUGAUCGUGAUGAUGAAGGGCAAGGUGUAAUUCAUUUGUGUGCGGUUUUGGAUUAUAAUUGGGCCAUCUACCCGUAUUCUUGGUCGGGCCUAUCGUUGGAUUUUCGUGACAAAUUCGGAUGGACCGCACUUCACUGGGCUGCACACUACGGGAGGCAAAGGAUGGUUGCGUCUCUUCUAUCAGCAGGGGCCAACCCGAAUCUCGUAACCGAUCCCACAUCAGAAAACCCGAGCGGAUGCACCCCUGCUGACCUUGCAUCGAAGAGCGGUUUCGAAGGUUUAGCCGCUUAUCUUGCUGAAAAGGCACUCGUGUCACAUUUCGAGGCCAUGACUUUAGCUGGGAACGUUAGCGGCUCGUUGCAAAGCACAGUCCCUACAAAUGACGAUAAUGCCCCUAUGCUCCCGCUGAAUCAAGUGACCGAGGAGGAACAGUAUUUGAAGGACACACUGGCGGCUUAUCGAACGGCUGCUGAUGCCGCAGCCCGUAUACAGGCUGCAUUUAGGGAACAAUCAUUUAAACUUAGGUCAAAAGAAGUUGAAUAUUCUAAUACUGAAGAUGAAGCACGGUGUAUUAUAGCGGCUAUGAAAAUUCAACAUGCGUUUAGGAACCAUGAAACGAAAAAACUAAUGGCGGCUGCUGUACGUAUACAAUACCGGUUUCGUACUUGGAAAAUAAGAAAAGAUUUCUUGAAUAAACGUCGUCACGCCAUUAAAAUUCAAGCGAUUUUCCGAGGUCACCAAGUCAGAAGACAAUACACCAAGAUAUUAUGGUCUGUGGGAGUGGUUGAAAAAGCGAUUCUUCGUUGGCGGUUGAAACGAAAAGGUUUGCGAGGUCUUCAAGUGGAUAAUAAAAGUGAUGAAAAAGACGAAAACCAAGAAGAUAAUGGCGAAGAAGGGUUUUUUCAUGCGAGCCGGAAACAAGCUGAAGAACGUGUAGAGAGAUCGGUUGUUCGCGUGCAAGCCAUGUUUAGAUCAAAACGAGCUCAAGAAGAUUAUAGUAAAAUGAAGCUAGAACAUAUCCAAGCAUCGGUAUGUAUAAUCUAUCUUUAUUAUAAGCAUUUGAUGACGCUAAAUGGGCAGGUUGAUGAUGGGUGUUUUUUUGAUGUCCGAUUUGAAUUUUCGCAAUUAACUCUUAUUUUUAAAUAUAGUUUAGAAAAAAUAUCAGUUUUCAAAGUUGUAAAUAAAUUACCUAUUUGGUACCCGUACCGUAUCGAUUGUACUUAUUUGGUACCCGUACGAGUGCUAAAAAAAUAAAUAAAUAAAUAAAGUGGUACCAAAGCAGGUACGAUACCAAAAUAUGUGUACCGUACCAAUAUAUUUGGGUACGGUACCAAUAUAUUUGGUACGGUAUUUAGUACCCAAUUUUGUUCAAAUUCGGUACCGGUACUGCACCGAUCCCGCCCCUAGUCUGUUUACUUAACCGGCAUAAAAGAUAACACACAACCCAAAUCGACCCAUUUAUAGGCAAAUGGGUCGAAAUUGCCACCGUAGCGAUAUUGAC